AUGGGUAAGGUAUGGACGAUAAACCAAUGGCAUGGGGCAGCAAGAUCUAAAUAUGCACUCAAAAUCACACAAAUGGUAAUGUCAGAUAAAGGAUACACUACAAAGCUAAAUCUGGAAACAGCCAGAAGCUCAAGGACAAAAACGACAACUCUAAAUUACAGUAAUUCUAACGUUGUACACUAUUUAACGUCCGAUUUACCCUUCGAGAUUCUUUCUUGUAUCGCAUCAUAUCUAACAAACGAUCAUAAACUACAUGCCUCCCUUGUUUGUCGAGCAUGGCAUGCACCAUUUACAGAAAGCGUGUGGAAGAAAUUAGACAUCGUUACAGAGAGAAGCAUGGAGGGUUUAUGCAGCAUACUCUCCUCCUCAUUAACCAACUACAGGAAAUGUGGGUAUCUUGUUAAGGAUCUGGUCUUUCGUUCGAAUGUCCGGGUUAGCAAUGAUCAGUUUCGUCUGAUACGAAACCAUUUCCAGUCACUAUAUUACUUGUGGAUUUAUAGUGGAAAUAUUUCUCCGUAUUUCUUUCAGAACACGAGCUGGUGGAUACUUCCGUCCCUAACAAAGUUACAUUUCUCGAUCAAUGAAGAUAAUCUCGGAAAGCAAGAAGUUAUGGACGUCAUCUUAUCCUCGCCCACUCUUAAGCAUCUCGAAAUUCAUCAGUAUCCAUGGGUUUCUAAGAUAACCUUCACAGUUUCGGAUCUUGAGACAAUACACGAGCGUUUACCAAUACUGGAGUUCCUAUCCUUGGGGGUCAAUCUUGGGCAUGUGUCAGAUAGUGAUAUCGCACUUGUCCUACAAACUACACCAGCAAUCAGACUGACAUCAUUGGAGUUCCAAAGCAUACAAGGCGACAAACUAUGGCUAUACUAUUGGGGAUUGAAGUAUCCAAAUCUAACUAAUUUAAGUUGGCCCGGAGAUGAUAGUAUGAAAGCCAACCAAGCUCAUCACGAUAUACCCUUGAAUGACAUCCUAGAAUCGAAGAAUUCAUUUCGGCGGUUAAAGAAAGCUACUAUUGGAACUAUCAAGUACAAUAUUUCAAUAUACCAAGCUUUUUUUGAACUUUUAUCUAGGCUAAAAGUCUCUCUUCAGCACCUUAAAUACACUAUAUACAUUGAUGAAAAUACCCCGGCUUUCGCAACCGCCCUGAUCAAAGAUACCAUGCGUCUAUCCUGCAAAACACUCAAAACACUUGAUGUAGAAAUAUUCAAUUCCCUUCCCGAUCCCCUUGUUAUUCCCACAGUAGUUGGCUACUGUUCCUUUUUGGUUGAUAUUAGUCUAAGCGCAUAUCACAUGGACUUUGCCCUGGAUGUUUUGUUAAACAAAUGUACAGCCCUGAAGAGCUUACGACUGAUUGCCGGCACAGUGUUCGUACGCCCGGAUGCGUUUGGCAUUACAACACAGCAUAGCUUGGAAACCUUUGAGUUAUGCAAUACCAAAGUAGAUAUUCACUUGUUUGACUAUCUCUCUAGCCGAUGCAGACGUAUUACACGACUCAACCUUUUCAAUCUGCGUGUGACAGGUGUUUUGUGUUUAGAGGCCGGAAGUAUUUCGAUCAAUAUGCCCUAUAACCACUUUGAAACCCUCGAAAUGUUUCGUGUCGCCUUCUAUUCACCAAGUGAUGGUAUUACUUGUAAUGAAAACACUAGAAUGAGUCUCCUGGCUCUCACGCAGCUGAAUCCUACCAUUUCACAACCCGGAUCACCCACAGGGUAUAUACAGUCGAUUGAUCCAGUCCCUAGUACAAGACCUGCUACACGAUGGUACCACCGAUAUGGUCCCCUGUGCCACAACGUCAUGGCGACCGAGUUACGAGAACUAAGAGAGGAUGAUAUCGAGUACGCAAUGGACUAUUUCAAAUCGUUUGAAUAUGAGCCCGUGACUGACGAGCAAAAUGAAGAGCUAGAGGCUACGCGAGGGUCAGUGGAGUAUUCAAACACCACCAAUUGGGUGGACGACCUUCCUCUAGGCUAUGUAGAUAUACGUUGUGCAUCUAUUCGCAACUUUGUUUUUGAUAACCCAAAGUUCUAUUGAACUCUUGUAAUAAUAUAGAAGUAUGUGUAUAUACAUAUAAAUAAUUAGCUAAUUAGUAUUUAACAGCACCUACAUAAUAAAUUCAUUAAAAUCUUUGUUUAUAUUCAU